GCUAAAUUAAAAAAUUCUAGUAGUAGCAUUCUUGAGUCAAGAAAUUAUUCCCGCACAAACAUUAAAAUACAAGAAAAAGACUCAAUGAAGAAAAGUCAAGUCAUCGUCACUCACAAGUUGCAAUUUAUUGCAAAGCUACCAAUGCCGGUGGUGCGCGCCAUCUCUCUCUCUCUCUCUCCUCUUUCUCUACCACUUAAAAAAAACAGGUGAGACGUAGGAGCAUCGCUAGCCAUGAGGAGUCCUCUCUUCGGAGGCCGGCGCUCGGGCUCCUACGGCGGCACGCCGGUCAACUUGUCUCACUCGGAAAGCACGUCCACCUUCUCCUCAGCCUCCACCACCAUUUCUCGGAGGUCAGCCGCCGCCGUCGACACCAGGAAUCCCUUCACCGCCGCCGCUCGCUCCAUCGCGGAUGCGCUCGUCGCUUGCUUCACUCCCCCGGAGCCGGAUAGCAACAACUCCACCAACACCUUCAAUGAUUCUUCUGCAUCAAGUUCCGGAAGCAGGCAGAGGCGUAAUUCAAAUCAAUCGAUAUAUGGGAGCACCAACAGUUCAACUCACCGGAGAGAGCCGGGGAGUAUGAAGUUCACCAUUCAAGAAAUCCUUAAGGCAACCAAAAACUUCUCGCCCACCUUAAAGAUCGGACAAGGAGGAUUUGGAACGGUCUACAAGGGUCAUCUUGAAGAUGGGACAAUAGUUGCCAUUAAACGCGCAAAGAAGAUUGCGUAUGAUAAACACUUAGGAGCUGAGUUUCAAAGUGAGGUUAGGACUCUUGCAAAAGUGGAACAUCAGAAUCUAGUGAGAUGCUAUGGUUAUUUGGUGCAUGAAGAUGAGAGGAUUCUUGUGGUCGAGUAUGUUGCAAAUGGAACUCUUAGGGAGCACUUGGACUGUGUGAACGGAAACAUUCUUGAUUUUGCUGCACGGUUAGAUGUUGCAAUUGAUGUGGCGCAUGCUGUCACUUAUCUGCAUAUGUAUACAGGUUUGCCAUUAGUUCAUGUUUGUAUGUUAAAUUUGAUGCAGCUCAGUUUCCAUAUAUCUGUAUAUCUGUGUGUUGCAGACCAUCCUAUCAUACACAGAGAUAUCAAGUCCUCCAACAUUCUCCUCACUGAGAAUCUACGAGCAAAAGUGGCCGACUUUGGUUUUGCACGGCUGGCAGCUGAUAGUGAGAUGGGAGCUACGCAUGUUUCCACUCAAGUCAAAGGCACUGCUGGCUACUUGGAUCCGGAAUAUCUCAAAACUUACCAACUCACGGAGAAGAGUGAUGUGUACUCAUUCGGCGUCUUACUGGUUGAACUCAUCACAGGCAGACGCCCCAUUGAACCUAAACGAGAAGUCAAGGAGCGCCUCACUGCCAGAUGGGCAGUGAAGAAGUUUGCAAAUGGUGAUGGAAUUAUGGCUUUGGAUCCGAGGGUUGCGAGGUCUCCUGCAAAUACCUUUGCCCUCGAGAAGAUUUUCGAGUUGGCAUUGCAGUGUUUGGCUCCCCACCGGAAGCACAGGCCGAGUAUGAGGAAAUGCGCAGAGGCUCUUUGGGGCAUCAGGAAGGACUACAAGGAGAUGUUUUCGGAUGUGAUCCACGAGUAAAUCAGAGUGCAGGCUGCAGCAUGUCAUGCUUAGCUGAAUCCAUUUUUCAUGCAAACAUUGCUGUUUUCGAGUGUUGAGGAGAUGCCGAGGAAGAAGCCACUGUCACAGGGUAGUCAAAUGGUGAUUGUACAUUCAUAUCAAUAUAUCAUACAGCAAGUUUGGAGAUUUUUUAAGGUGGUUUACUUAUUUUUUAGUUUGUAUUUGGCUUGUCUAUAUACACAGAGUAAUUCUGUAGACACAGAGCAGAAAAAAAUAUUGCAAAUA